AGGAACAAUGUGACUGAGUUUAUGCUCUUGGGACUCACUCAGAGCCUCGAGGGUCAGAAAAUAUUAUUUGCUGUUUUCCUAUUGAUUUAUGUGGUGACAAUGGCAGGCAAUCUACUCAUUGUCUUUACUGUGGUGCUGAGCCCAACAUUUGGUGCCCCAAUGUUCUUCUUUCUUGGCUACUUAUCAUUUAUGGAUGCUGUUUAUUCCACUACAUUUACUCCAAAGAUGAUUAAAGAUUUACUCUUUGAGACAAAGACAAUUUCCUUCACAGCUUGCAUGACACAGCUCCUUGUGGGUCAUUUACUUGGUGGUGUAGACAUAAUAAUCCUGAUUGUCAUGGCCUAUGACCAUUAUGUAGCCAUCUUUAAACCCUUGCAUUAUCUGACUAUCAUGAACCAAGAGCGGUGUGCUCAGCUCGUGCUUUUGACCUGGGUUGGGGGCCUUCUGCAUGCAGUCCCACAUGUUCUUUCUGUUUACAACCUUCCCUUCUGUGGACCCAAUGUCAUGGACCAUUUCGUGAGUGAUUUGUAUCCAUUAUUAAAACUCGCCUGCACAGACACCUACAUUAUUGGCCUCACAGUGGUGGCCAAUGAUGGUGUCCUCUGUGUGCUCACCUUUUCACUAUUGCUGACCUCCUAUGGCAUCAUUCUGCAUUCUCUGAAGAACCUGAGUCAGGAAGGGAGGCGCAAGGCCUUAUCCACUCGUGGAUCCCACAUAACAGUGGUCAUCCUAUUCUUUGUUCCUUGCUUAUUAAUUUAUGUGAGACAUCCAUCUACCUUGCCAAGUGAUAAAUACUUAGCUGUGUUUUACACUGUUAUCACUCCUAUGCUGAAUCCUGUCAUCUACACUCUGAGAAAUGCAGAGAUGAAAAUUGCUGUAAAGAAUCUCUGGACUAGAAAUAUUAUUUCUUCCUCUUGA